AACAAAGCCCGUCACUGAAGGGAAUCCCUGUACUAUUUUUGUCCCCCCAUGUGAUCGCGACUCGUCUCAACUCUCUCCGAGAAGUAGAAUUGAGGAAAGUACUUCAUUCCGGUCAAAUUCAACUCCGAGAGAGUUGAGGACUUUCAUGAGUUGUCCUUCUCGCCCGACUGAUGUGAGCUGUCCUAAAGGAUACGCCAUGUUUGCUAAUACCACGCUGUCAUCUAGCCCGGAUGAGAACGGCUGCUGCUAUUGGUCCAGUUUCGACCUAACGUCGUUCGCCAAGGGUCAACGCCUGAAGGCCUACGUCGGCCUUUUGAACGGGAAAGGACCGCGGAGUGGGGACCACACGGUCAUUAAAAUCUUUCGGGAUGAGACCGGGACGGAAACAAUGUGCAAUAUUGAAAUCAAGAAAUCCAAAACAGCCCAGUCGUUUGUUGUGCCGUUCACGGGCGUGAUUUCGCCAGAAUUCCCGAUUCACUUCACUAGUCUCCUGAAAGCAUGCAUGGAUGAUGUAUGUCUUAUGAAGAACGCGUUAUCAAGCGGGAGGAAGCUCUGUAAGCAGGAAUGGGUUUUAAUCGAGGAGAAAAUUGGCAAGAACUUUCAGAACUUUGUCAGCCAUUCCGGAAAAGCCAAUCCAACCACUGCAACCAAAAUCCUUGAAGCAUUUGUUCACUUCACGUACCACAAUUCUGCCGGGAAACUUGUCGUCUGCGGAUUGGAAGGGAGCUCCGAAAGGGGAAAGACGUGUCUGAAGACUCCAACCAUCCAUUCGGUUACCAAAGAGUACGGUGGGUGGGAUCUGGGAGAAAAGGGAAUCAAGAUGGUGUUUGCGAAUCAUGUCUGUAACGACCUGUGCAGAGAAUUCAUCACGCCGCGACAUUUCUCAGAUCGCGCCGAGCCUUCAGCCCCAUUCGACCCCGAUCUCGCUUAUGGCGGCGAGUUCGACGUUUCCCAGAUGCCGAGAUACGAUCAGUUUUCACCUUACUCGUUCGGGCAGUACUUCAACUUCCCUUCACCACCGCCAUACCAAAUGUAUCCCGAUCUUCGCCUCGCAUGUGCUUUCAACCAAAAAACCACACCCUAUCAACCCAACUACCAUCACCCAAUUUCAGCCUAAAGAUUCAUCUGAUAUAGUUCAUCGCCCCCACGAACAUUGUUCGCAGAACAUCGGACAAUUCCGGAGAAAACACGAGCAUCAACUACAAUACCCGAAUAUGAAAUGACAACAUAUCGCCCCCACGAACAUUGUUCCAUCACAUCAGCAGAUCAUCGGACAAUUACAGAGAUUAAACGACCUGCAACGACAAUACCCGAAUACGAAAUAUGACAUGCGCAUCCAACCUCUAUAUUCAAUCAUAUCAUAUAUAGCACAUAUCAUGUUUAUUGCAAGAUUCCCUAAAAUAUAUGCAUAAGACACUGCGCAGCUAUCGCCGAAGCACAAUUUGUAUCGUUUAUAUAGAAUGCAGCUAUGCAGUAUGCCAAAAUCAUCGCUAUGUCUGUGUGUGUUCAGUAUUAAUAUGUCUCAUAUUCAUUGAUGUGAUGUUCAAAGCGUCUCUUGACAUAGGUACUCAAUGCAAUUGUUUACCAAAGGUUGUUUGUUCCCUAUAUUCAAGUCUGUAGGUCCUUUCCAUAAUGCAAGACCGCGUUAUUCAUGAAUGUUUUUGAGGUCAUUGCUUGUCUCGUUCACAAAGAAAGUCUUUUAUUUCUGCAGUGAACCUCUUUUGAGUCUCAAUCGCUGAAAUGUACUUUUGUUUGUAAACAAUUCUUACUAAUUCAUUCGUUCUAUAUUAUAUGCAUUUGUUUCAAAUUAACAGGGAUACGAGUCGCGUCCAUGAGGUGUGUCAAUAUCCUUUCAUCCUUGGUUCAAAUCCAGAAUUCGCUCUGACUAUCAUGCCUGGUAUUUAAGGAACUUCUUGGGGCACGGGUGGCCCAGUCGUGUAAAGCGCCCCAAUUCGCUAUGCAGAGUUGCGUCCCUUGGACACGCCAGUAUCCUAUGACUGUUGGUUCGAAUGCCGGUUCAUCCCGAUCAUGUAACAUUUGAGACCUGUAUCACUUUGGAUUUUCCUUACACAUAAAGCUGACAAGCCGUGAUGCAGCUGGAAUACUGUUCAAAAUCACUCACAGAGAAAUUCCUGAUGAAGACAAAAUGUCCAUCAGUAUUCGUAUAAUUCAGAAGCUCUGAAAUCUGGCUUAACCUAAUGUUCUCUCGUCACGCCGAAGACCCGGGUUCGAUUCCCCACAUGGGCCCAAUGUGUGAAGCCCAUUUCUAUUGCCCCCGCCGUGAUAUUGCCAGACGAUUUUUAAUAGCGGUAUGAAACUAUUCAAGCAGGUUACGCAUGAAGAAAUGUGUCUGACAUUGAAUCCAAACUGGCCUAUAGUAUCCAAUUUAGACGUCACAGGACAUUCUUUUGCCCAUAUACUUCGAUUUGUUCGGAUAAAAAAAUGUAAUUUUUAACCUAUAAUGUGUUAAAAUAAGUCCACAUCACCGUGACAUUAUUCUUUUCGGGGAUUACUAAACUUCUCCAUGAGUCAAAAUUAUCAAAAUAUCUUCCCGGCCCGGCUAGGUGAACCUGUUCCUCUAAACACAAAACACGACACAAAAAGUCGUCUAUUAUUAACUUCAUCGUGAAGAUUGUGUUUUGUCAAGGACAUAUCCGGAGCGAUUCACCAAAAAAAAAUUGAUACUAUUUUAGCCAAGGAAGUAAAUGACCCGUAAUCUAUAGCUGAACCCCGUUUAUCCGAAACCCAACUAAUCCGAAUAUUUUCUGACAUUCUUUUUCCGAUGCAAUCGGAAAUUUGUAUAUUUGGAAAACCUGAGUCUUAUUGUAGAUUAAGACCAAACGGACGUUGAAUAUUAUUUUGUAUUUACCGACGUGCAUUUAUUUCAUUAUUAAUAUCGAUGACAUUUAAGCAUGUCAUUUAUGAGGUUUAAACUAUGUCUCAACAUUAACAUGUUACGUACUCUAACAGAGGAAUGGAUCUCAGGCCUUGUGUUGGCAGUUGGAAGAAAUCUCGUGUUGCCGAAAGGUAUAAUGUCUGAUGCAUUUGUGUGUACCCGCGCCCGUAUGUCCAUAUAAACUGUUGACGAUGCAUGUGAAGGCGCUUACAAAAGUAGGUACCAUCGCGAUAUCACAAAACCUGCAAAUUGCAAAUCCUCGUUAAUCCGAAACCUGCUAAUCCGGGCGACCAUGGUAAAAUACUGUUCUAUAUUAUCCAACGAUUGACCAUAAUAUCAGUAAACUGAACAAUCGAACUGGACAGAAUAAUCAAGGUUCCUUAAAUCAAACAAUCCUUUGUACAGUCUGAAUCUAUCAACGUGAGAUCAUUAUUGUCAUGUAGUCUAGUUUUGUUUUGAGUCCAAGACUAUUGAAAUACAAACGACUGCCAUAAUUAUUUCUGUGACCUGAAUUGUUGAGAAUGAAUUGUGCCUGUAAGCACUGUCUGUAAUGAACUUUGUCUUGUCUUGACGGUGUACUCAGUAAAACCCCAUUAUUCCGGAAACUCCUCAUUAUGGGCAAUUCUUGUUGGGAUCCUCUACAUGUACACAAAGGAGUUUACUUUAAUCUUUUCACGGAGAAAUCCAGAAAUUUCCCAAUCCGGUCAUGUCAUUGUAUUAGUUAAUAGGGUUUCAACUGUAUAAUCGUUUUGAUAUAAUAUGAGUUAAUAAGAGUAGCUUGUGGGUUCCUUAAAAAAGAUACCUCUAUGAUAUUGUUUGCUUGGCAUUGACCACAAUAUUCCAUUGUGAUUCAAAUUAUGGUUAUUGGAAAGAUAGCUUAACAAAUUUACAUAUUGUAUAUGUUUUGAUUUUGUGAUAAAAUGGCAGAUCAAUUCUUGAUUGAAAAGUGAUUGAUUUCUAGCUUCAAAAUGGCAGGGUGUAUUUUUAAAAAUGAAAAGUGCUAUUUCAUCUGUGAUUUUAUGUCAUAUAUAUUGUUAUUUUGCUUGCUUAGCAAUUCAUAUCCAUUUACAUGCAAAUACAUAAUGCAAAACUCAAAACCAAAUGAUAUACUGGAAAAUAAUCACCCCAGCAGUAAAGGGAGAUAAACCCUUGAGCGAUAUGGUUACUUAAAAUGAACAUAGUUACUUCCCUUGCACAGUGUUCAAUACUGCUCCAGUUUUAGCAUCUUAUAUUUUUUUUAAGUUUUGUAAAUUGAUGUACUUGGAUUGCUAAGUCUAUAGAAUAUAUAUUUAUGUAGUUUGUGCGAUUUUAACGAUUCUACAUAUUGUGCCAAAUAAUCCUUGAUUUUGUCCUUCAUUUCUAUAUAUAUUUUGUUCUCAGUAAUUACACUUACUUCAGUGUAUUGCUGCCAGAAAUCCAUGUAUAUUUUUUACUUUGUUUAUAAACUGGAAGAGAACAAUGUACCAAUCACAGAGCCAUUAGUGACAGUGAGAAACUGUUUAUUCUUGGCACACUGGCCUGUGUAAAAUAGAAAAUAUGAGAUAAAACUGAGAUCUGUCUCUAUUUCCAUAUCAAUUUAGUGUUAUCUUGUGGAAAUUGAUCCAUUGAUAUCUUUCAAACACUUGUUUUAAAACGUUUAGUUAACAAUACAAUAAAAUUAGAACUGAUCAUGGUUUGGUUGAGUUUAAAAAUCAUUCAUCUCAAAAAUUACUGAAUGGCGGUUCUGUAGCCAAGUGGAUAAAGUGUUUGUUGGUCAUGCCAAGACCCAGAAUUGAUUCUUUGACCUUUGAAGUUUGUUCUUGAGACAUAUUAAGAAAUCCACAUAAAAUUAUUCAGUUUAAAACAAAUCGAUUUAUGGGCACAUUGACAUAAUUGGUGUAUUUUACUAUUACUUCAUUUACAGUUUUGUAACCAUCGAAUUCAUUUUUUAUGUUUCAACCUGAACAGUGUAUUUGUCAAUGUUUUUUUGAUAUGCUCAUGUGAAUUCUACGUGUUGUGUACUUCAUAUCAUUCCAUGUUGUCAUGUGACCUGUCAUGGGUUGUGUCAUGUGACAUGUGUUGUGUUGGACUUGCUUUCACUGCCUUGACAACCAAUGCAAUGUCCGCUUCUGAUUACUGGUGCUCAAACUGUACAUAACAGUAAAAUAAACAUUGGCUUUUA